UACCCUUGCCAAAUAAACCACAGCGGGACUCGAGAGACGCGUUUUCUGAGGUAACGUUAAAUUCACCUCAGACGUCUGUAAACCUCUAACGGCCCCUCAAUGCGCUUAACCGGAGAUACCGCCGAUCACACGCCUCCUUUCUCACGUUAAAUCACUCAAUUCUGCCAUAAACCUGGUGCUGCUACUGAGAGACACUCACACACACUCACACACGGAGACCUACACCUUGCGGAGGAUUGAACUUUCUCGCUAGGUCUUGUGGAUACAGACUGCAUUUUACACACUAAGUGUGUCGUUUACUUGUCCUUUUUUGGGAUAUACUCUCGUCUUACUUCCAGUCUCACGCGCCUAAACUGGUUUUAGUCCAGCAAAGCUGAGAGUUUCUCCCAGUGUGAAGCAUCAUGAGCCAGGCGGAUAUAUCGACGUGCUCGGCGCCGCAGAGAGUCUUCCAGGAGGCGGUGAAGAAAGGCAACACCAAGGAGCUCCACUCACUGCUGCAGAACAUGACCAACUGCGAGUUUAACGUCAACUCCUUCGGCCCCGAGGGACAGACGGCGCUGCACCAGUCGGUCAUCGACGGGAACCUGGAGCUCGUGAAACUGCUGGUCAAAUUCGGAGCCGAUAUUCGGCUCGCCAAUCGGGAGGGCUGGAGCGCGUUGCACAUCGCCGCUUUCGGGGGACACCAAGACAUCGUGUUAUACCUCAUCACCAAGGCCAAGUACUCGUCCGGCGCGCGGUGAUCCAGUAUAACACGCGGAAAGACCGGGCUCAUUUCGUUCUAGCAUUGAUCUGACAGACCGCGGAGAAGUUCCCUUAAAACCAAAUGAGGGCUGCAGCCUUUUUCUUUCCCGUGAGUAUCUAUAUCAAUCUGUCUGUGCUCAGAUCUGGCGACGAGAAAGAGAGAGAGACUGAAACGCGCGCUGCAUUGGUACUAUAGCUUUUUAUUGAAUGUUUAAGUCAGCAGAUCUGGACUGUGUGUGGCUUUACCAGGCCGUGACCUGUUGACCUGUCCACCUGGAGAAAUCGAGAUGGCACUUGAUGCUGUGGCUGAAUGCUGGAAUAGUUGAAAGAGGUGAACUCCAGAAUGAAGGCCAUCAUCCUCUGUUUUGGCUAAACACUGUCUUUUAAUACGAACCGUGCAAGUCGUUUCAUCAAUCAAAUCGUGUGGCAUUGGUGACCAGUGCUCAAAUAUGUCCUCGAAAUAACAAUUGACUUAUUCUUAAGUACUGUACACAUAGCUUUACCGUGUCUCUCUGUAUAAGUAGUCUAUUGCGCUCUGCCUUCAUCUAGCAGACCCGCAGCUUCCACACAGCUUUCAGGCCAGUGCGACCAGUAUGGUUAACGUGUUACUUACUAAAAAAAUCGCUGCUUUCGCUUUUCUUUUAUUUCUUUAUUUUUUUGUUUGUAUCAAAACGUCAGGAAAGUCGCCUUUGGGACACACUUUGUAAUCUUCUUUCAGUAUUUUGAAUUAACACCCUGGUCAUCACUGUGAAUACAGGCUGGGUUUGUCUUUUUAUUUAUGAAGGUACAUUGAGAUGAUGCAUUUAAAUUAUGUUGUGGUUAUUUUUUAAGACUAUAGCCUAAGUGUAAAAGUAUGUAGGGUGACAUAAAGCUGCUUCGGACUCGUUAAAGGCUAAACUGUCCCGCGUGGAGAUUCCACGCUUCGGCCCCCCAUGUGUACACCUAUAUAU